AUGGGAAGGGAAGGAAUUCUAAGGAAAAAAAUGGCACCAAUAUGGGUGUUACCAUCCAAAUUGAGAUAUAGUACAUUCGGUAAUGAUAUAACAUGUGGUGGGAGCGCACAGAAUCCAAAGUGUAAUGAUGACUUAGUAGCGAAGGUGAGGAACGGAUUACAGGAGAAAGGUAUUAGUGAUACUGAUAAUAACUGGAUCAAAGAAAUUUUAAGCAGCCACCGUAGCGCAUGUUCAUGGGGAAAAGAUAUAAGUUCAGGCGAAGAUGAAUGGUGUCAUUGGUUUUAUUAUUGGUUAGGGGAUCAAAUAAAGGACAAACUGAAAAAUGGGCAAGAAUUUGCGAAGGUCAUGGAUUCAAUUUAUGGUAAUUUCGCAGACGGUGGAUUCACCUGUAAGUGCAAUAACAUAUAUAGUAAUAUUAGUAAAGAACUUUUCGAAAAGGCGAAAAUACUUUUUGAUUACAAGUAUGACUACGACACCUUACAGAAUGACCAAAACGGUCAGACGUAUUCUUCUAUUUCCAAAUGUAGCGAAGUCUACCAAACUGCCCAAUCAGCAUAUCAUAUCGUAAUUCAAAAUUGCGGCAAAGGGCAGUGGAAGGACACCUCCUACUGUGAAAAUUUUAUAACGAAACCUACGGAUUUGAACCCACACCCAUUACCUGCACGAUCGUGCAGACCUGCUGGGGACGACUUUGGUCUUGGCAAUACCGUCGUCCGUGCUGUUGGUAGGGGAUUAGCUUCCAUAGCCUUACCAGCCAUAGCAUAUUUAUUUUACAAGUAUAAACCACAACUCUUCUCCUUUGGAGGGAACAGGAACCGCUCCUUUGGACAUGGAAGGAAUGGAUUGAACAGGAAUGGUCGAAAUAGAGGAAGAUCUACCCUUAGAAGUGAAUUAAACACAACAUACUCAGAACACGACCGCGACGGCAUUUCCACCAUCGGCGGAUCAGAUUCCAUGUCAGAUUACGGGUCCGAUUACAUGUCAGAUUCCAUAUCCGAUUCCAUGUCAGAAUCUAUGUUAGAUUCCAUCGAAAUAUAUCCUUCCAGGGAAAAACGUCAUUUUAAAAAUACUACUAUUGGGAAAGAGCGCAAGAACUUUAUCGAAGUACACAUACACUUUCCAAUAAAAAAUAUUGUCCAAAGAAUGUUCGCCCCGCCCCCCCCAAAAAAUGACAACUACAUCAGAAUACGGGGACCCGUGGGGGGCAGCACCCACAUUUGCUACACAUGCACGAAGCUUCCCUUAUCCCACACACACAUGUCGAGGGGAAAAAUUCAACCCCCUUUAUGCUGGAUCCAACAUAUGAAAUCUGCCGCGUUCCCAAAUGGUUGCCAUUUCCAGUUGUGCAGUAUAUGUGUCACCCGAUGUAAACCAAAGAAAGAAAAAAUGUUGUUCGUGUAG